GCAUUGCUAUGGGCAGGCCCCAAUAAGAUAAAUAAAUAACCACCCUGCACCUGCUUUGAAGGACCUAAUUUUGAAGGACCUUCCACCACUGUCGAUUACAGGUUAUGAUCUGUCACUUUUUGUUGCAAAUGUCUGAAAUACACAGAUCUACAUUUUUUUUGACUUUACAUUGAAUAUCCUAAUUUUAACAUUGUAAAUUUCUGCUUUUAAUCAUGAAACAUGGUAAUUUUUCUCGCAAAUGUAUAGCUUAUUGUCAUCCGAGAAUAUCCAAGUUGUCUUGUAAAAUGUGUGAAAUUAAGCUUAACAUUUAUUUUUUACACCUCCAUGGCCAUUUUUUUUUAACUCAUCUGCAAUAGCUCUAAUAAUGCUCUGCUGCAGACUUGUGCUGUGCAGCAACAGAAAGAUGAAAUCCACAUCUGUUCUGUCCAGAUGCACUGAGAACAUUUUUCCACAUCUCUCCACACAUGAUUGAUCUAAAUGUAAAUUUUUACUGUGCUAAUACAAUGGCCAAACAAUGUGUUAAGUACCUCUAGAUGAAUUCUAAUUUCCAUUUCAAUGGUCAUUUGCCACAUUUUUUUUAACCUUUUCAAUAGGGAUCCAUUUUAGAAAACCAAACAUAUACGUAAUCUUAAAUUUUCCAAAAAUUUCCUAAAAUUUGUGCAAUAAAAUAUAUUUCAUUUUGAUUGUAAACUGUGUUUACCGUGCCAAAUCUUGUUUAGUCCACCAAAAAUGUUUAUAGUCAGAGAAAGACCUUUGUUCUUUGUGACUGAUGAUUGAUUUUCAGUUUACUGGAGACCAGACUUAUUGAAAUUGCCUGAUAUUUCAGGUGGUUCUGGACGCCAAACAAGGAAUCGAAAGAACCCCUCUACAGAUUGUCCACCAUACCUAAAGUUGUAGAUUACUAAUUAAUGUUAGUAAGUGUUCCAACCAACUUGAAAAAUUUUUAUUAUAUUACUUCAGUGACAACUAUCAUUUCUAAAGAUGGUGCAUUUUUCAUUGAAGAAAUGUACAAGUCACUGUACUAAAAUUAAAGGGUAGAUGUGAGUUUAUGUUCCUGAAACAAAAAUGUGUCAAUCUCAAGUCUGAUUUACACAUCUUAAUCAUGGGUGCCAAUAAAUAUGCCUAAACUACAACUCAUUUACACUUUUCUUCUGUUUUGGUUAUUACUGCAAAAUAAGCUUUUUGGUAACUGCAGUGCUUCUGAUAUCUUUUAAGCUAUUCUUCUGUGGUAUCGCAGAUGUAUUUAUUUUACCAGGUACAUUAUGGCAGGUGACCAGUUACAUAUUUUGGAUGUGAAUAUCAGUGAUCAGGGGAGGUAUACCUGCAUUGCUCGAACAAGUCUUGAUGAGGAUACUGCAACUGCCUUUCUGACUGUACUGGAUACUCCUGAUGCUCCUAUGAGUUUAAAGAUAUCGGAUCAGGAAUCAAGGAAUGUAACUCUGUCCUGGAUACCAGGGAGUGAUCACAGCAGCUCCGUGAGAGAAUUUGUGGUGGAGUACGAGGAGAGCCACUGGGAGCCUGGAAGGUGGAAGGAGCUGCAGAAAGUCGCCGGUAACCAGGCAACGGCUGAGCUCUUUCUUCACGGAGACCUUAACUAUCAGUUCAGAGUUUAUGCUGUUAAUGCCAUUGGGCCUGGACCACCUAGUGAGCCCACAGAGAGACUCAAAACACCCCCUGCUGCACCUGACAGAAACCCGGAAAACAUCAGAAUUCAUGGCCACCUUCCCCAUGAAAUGGACAUCAGCUGGGACCCACUGUUACCUAUUGAGUUCAAUGGCCCAGGACUUGAGUAUAAGAUCUCCUACAGAAAACUGGAGGUGGAAGAUAAAUGGCAGGAGCACCUGAUCACAAGACCCUCCUUUAUCGUCAGGAACACAUCCACCUUUGCACCGUACGAGAUCAAAAUCCAGAGCAGGAAUAGCCUCGGCUGGGGUCCAGAACCAAGACCCAUAACCGGUUACUCCGGAGAAGAUAUUCCGACAGCAGCACCACACAAUGUAGCAGUGGAGGUGAUCAACACCACCGUUCUCAGAGUCAGCUGGAGCCCAGUUCUCCCAGCCACCGUGCGAGGUCAUUUAGGAGGCUACAAUGUCAACUGGAAGAGAAUGAAAAGCUUCCUAAAUCCUGACAAGAUUUUAGAGGAGUAUAACUCCAAGUCUUUCCCUGGAAACAGGACCCAUGUCAUUGUGCCAGGAUUUGAACCUUUCUCUGAGUACAGACUCACAGUGAACGUUUUUAACAAGAAGGGAAAAGGACCAAAGAGUGAUCCAGUCAACUUUUAUACUCCAGAGGGCGUUCCAGAGAAAGUGCCUGUGCUGAUUCCCAGGAUUCAGGAUGAUGACACUGUUCUGCUGGAAUGGGGACCACCGCCAGUGACUAAUGGCAUCCUCACUGGUUAUUUUCUAAAGUAUCACCUCUUAAAUAAGACUUCGCUGGAGGUGAUUGAUUCCUUUGAGCUGAACAUCACUUUGCCUGACGUCACUCAACACCAGAUUGCGAGAUCGGAUAGGGGCAACCUCUUCCGCUUCUAUCUCAGCGCGUGCACUCGAGCAGGUUGUGGGCCUGCAGAACUGGCUGAAAAUCACAGUCCUCCAGAAAAAAUCGGAACGGAAGCCAGCACUUCAACUCAGCGCUGGUUCAUCGGGACUCUGUGUGCGGCGGCAUUACUCACCCUUCUGGCAGUGAUCGUGUGCUUUGUGAUGAAAACCAAGGGUGGCAAAUAUGCAGUAAAAGAGAAGGAAGAUCUCUUUCCCGAUGCUGAGUCACACGCAAUGAACGACGAGCCCUAUAAAUACAGUGGCAGUGACACAAAACGACUGAAGAAACCCAUCUUGGGUUCCACAGACGACACGGGUGAGGACAAAAUCAGCAGAGAUAGCUUGGUCGAUUACUCCGAUGGAGAAGGAGAAUUCAGCGAGGAUGGCUCAUUCAUUGGAGAAUAUGCCGGACCCAGGUACCGGGAUUCCAUCAGUGAGCCCAGCGGAGCCAGUGGACCCAGCACUGCCACUGUGUAAAGCCAGUAUCCACCAUCAAACAGUCUCCGUCAGUUCCUGUGACGAAAACAUUUUCAUUUCUGAUUGUACUACUUUAAACCUAGUCUGAUUGACAAAACAUGGUAGAAUAAAUUAUUCUCAGGUAUUAACUGUUUUACUGUUGGGAGAGUUUUUGUCCAUGUUUUGUUUUAAAGAAAGUGGAUAUUUCUGGGUUCUCUCCGGGUUCUCCGGCUUCCUCCCACAGUACAAAAACAUGACUGUCAGGUUAAUUGGUCUCUCUAAAUUCUCCCUAGGUUUGAGUGUGUGUGUGUGUGAAUGGUUGUGUGUCCUGUAUGUUUCUGUGUUGCCCUGCGGCAGACUGGCGACCUGUCCAGGGUGAACCGCCUCUCGCCCGGAACGUAGCUGGAGAUAAACACCAGCAACCCUCCAGACCCCAUUAGGGACAAGGGUGAACAGAAAAUGGAUGGAUGGAUGGAUGGAUGGAUGGAUGGAUAUUUCUGGUGUAAACAUAGGUGUGAUGUCACAUAUGACUAUGUACAUACUGUAAUAGAAAAAAAUGAGCUAUAUUUUAUUAGAGUGAUUUAAGUUUGACAUCGACAAUAUUGCUUUUAUACCAACCUAUAUUACACUGGUUUUUUUUGUUGUUUUUUUUACAACUUUAUACUGUCUUGGGAAAAAAAAGGGUCAUAAAAGGUUUUCAGUAAAGUAAAAAAUAAAUAAAUAAAAAUGUUAACAUUUUUGUAUUUUUAUACAGAAUGUGUUCUUGUAUUGCCAUAAAUGCUCCUCUUUCCCUUCAUUUUCAUCCCUUUUCAGCACAUUUGAAAUGUAAUUUUUAUAUCCACGAUGUGCAAUUUUCCACAGUCAAAAUAUUGCAUUUUUAACAAACGGGACACAGAAAUAUGUGAACUCAAAAAUAAAGUUAUUUCUCCAA